CCUCCAUUCCUCCCUCCAUCACCCUCGAACCAAAGACACCCUUCUUAAAUAUAAAUGUUUUAUUUAAACUGUAUACAGUACUAUACACCGAGAGACGCGAAUUUGACGUGAAUUUGAAACAGUGAAAAUGCAAGGGAGUUCGAAUGCUUCGGAAUCAUCAAUGGUGAUAGAAACCCUAAGAAGUAAGGGUUGGUAUUUGGAAGACACCGACGAUCUUAAGGCAAUCAUCGUUAUUCAAACUGCAUUAGCCGAUGACAGUUCCAAGGUGUUACAGUCCGUCGAAUCGGAGCUCCUCAAUUCCGACCUCAGAUCCAUCGGAGCCAAGUCCUUACCCGAACCAACUCUUCUUCGUAACCCUUCCUUUUAUCUCCAGGGACCUAAAGUUCUUCAGAUUUCUUCGGUGAGGGACAUUUCCAUGAGCAGUGUGGAUAACAUUUCGAGAAAUUCAAGUGGUCGAAGAGUUCUGAGAUUGUGUCUCACGGAUGGUCACUCUGAGAUAACUGCCGUGGAAUAUUCUCACAUUCCGUUUAUACCUGACAAUGUUGUUCCUGGUACUAAGAUUCGUUUGGAAAAUAAAGUUCCGGUUCAUAGUGGUAUAGCUUGCUUAAAUCCAAAAGCAUUGACUGUAUUAGGGGGUGUUGUUCAAUCACUAUAUGAAGAAUGGCAGAUGAACCAAAAAUAUUCAGGGUUCUCCCGGUCAUCUUUAAGACAACUAGAGGAUCGUGAUUCAGGUGGUCCUCCUCCAUUUGUGAAGCUGCAGGUUGGAUCUAUCUCAGGUUAUGCAAAUAAUAACUCUAGAAGUAGUAAGCCCAUUGCUGGUACUGGUAGAGGUGAGGUGAGGCCAACUGGCAUCCAGCAAGACCGAAAUUUGAAAGAAGAUAUUGUGGACGCAAAUCUAAAAUCCAAAUUGCCUCCAGAACGAGCUGAAGACAAACCUAGUAAUUCAGGGUUAAGGCCAAAAGAAAGAGCUGAAGACAAACCUAGUAGUUCGAGUACAAGGCCAAAAGAAGUUGUGGAAUCUGUUCCUGUGCAAAAUCAAGCAGCUGCCCAAAAAUUACUUCAGAAACUGAAUCAACCAAAUCAGCGUGAUCGGCAUCCUAGGGGUCGGAGAUAUAGGGGAAAGGGUCAAGAAGAAGAUGAAGUUGUAUUUACACUUGAAGAAUAUGAAAAAAGACAGACCCAAGUAAAGCCUUCUUAUAAUGGCGAGGCUCUAAAUAUUAGCCGUGAUGAGCAUCUUGCUAGGCAGCUUCAAAAUCAAUUUAACCUUGAACAUUCUCAGGUGGAAAGGGCCCCUCGUGAAUCUGAAGCAGAGAAUAUUCGAAUGAAUAUGUUCACAUAUGAAAAGGAUUCUGACGACAGCUAUCAAACGGGAAGAGGCGGAAGGGGUAGAGGUAGAGGAAGGGGAAGGGGAAGGGGUAGAGGAAGAGGGAGAGGAAGACAUGGUUAACAUUGUUGUGUAUCUUGGAUAUUUUCUUCCUUUUAUUUUCGAAUCGAUCUUUUAAAGAUACUGAAGCAGAAUUCAUUGAUAUGUGAGUCUUAUCUCUCCUUCAACCCUCUGUAGAUAUGCUUAACAUCUCAUCACCCAAUAUCUCAAUUUUAUUUUUGACAACUCAAUGUCUCAAUUAUUCAGUGAUAGUUGCAAUAGUUAAUUAGCGAUGAAAAACACAUAAUGAGGAUUUAUGUUGUAACAUGAAUGCAUGAUUUACUGAAUGAUUGUCCGUAUAAUUUUUCUCCAUUAAGAAUUCCUGAGACCUAUUGCUUUCUUUACUUAA